AUAUAAAAGAAUUUAUGUACAUAAUUAUAACAGAAAUAUCAGAAUUAAAAUAGCAUUGAAAUGCCAUUUUUACCAAAAAUUCAACAAAAGUUGGUUUUGAUUGUCCGUUCUGAUCUAUGUAUGAGCACAGGAAAAAUAGCUAGUCAAUGUGCUCAUGCUGCAUUAUCCUGCUUUUUAAUUGGAAAUAAAGGUUUCAAAAAUUUUUUUACUAUAAAAUCAUGGAUUUAUAUGGGACAACCAAAGAUUGUACUCAAAGUAAACAGUGAACAAGAACUUAUAUCUUUAAGUAAAUCAGCUUCUGAAGCAGGACUCAUUACGACAACUGUGAGAGAUGCAGGAAAAACUCAAAUAAAACCAGGAACAAUCACAGUUCUGGGUAUCGGUCCUGGCAAUUCAGAUAGAAUUAGCAGUAUAACUUCUCAUUUGAAGUUGUUAUGAUUUAUUAAAAAUACAAAAAAGAGUUUAAAAUUUUGUAAGAUAAGUAAUAUAUUACU